AUGCAAAAGCUAUACUAAUCCUUUGAAAGCGAAGCCUAAAAUAUCCAGAAAUUAAUAAGCAAUUACCAAGAGAAGUUAUAAGGAAAAUUUUAGGGAAUGAUUGAGAAAUCAGAAGCAAAAAAAUAAAAACUUCUCGAGAAAAUGCAAACAACUAAAGAACAACUAUAAAUUAGUAUUGACAGAAACAAUCCAUCUAAAAUAUUUAAGCUUUAAAACAAGAUUGAAAAAUUAGAAGCUGAAAUGUCGAAAGUUAAUCGAAAAGAUUAAAUCGCUAAUGAUUUUCAUUUAGUGUACGAUGGACUAUUUAAUCAACUCUAAAUUACUCAAAAUCAGAACAUAGAAAAACUUACAUAAGCUUAGAGAGAUGAUAAUUAUUAAAUAUUAUGUUCCAUUAAAAGAUAAGCAAUAAACUUGUCAAAUCAAGUCUAUAAAAAGAAACACCUCGAACCUAUUAGACAAAUUUGCCAUCAUUGCAAUACUCUUUUAAAUUAAUAUCUUAAAUUCGGUGUUGAUAAAAAAAUAUAAUAACCUGAUAUAUUUGCAAUUGAUAUUGAAUAGGAUAAACAAUUUGUUGAAAAGAAGAAGUUCGAAGAAGAAAGAAUCUUUUAAAAAUAGGAAAGACAAUAGUAAUAUCAAGAUCAAAAGGCUCAAAGUAGGGUUGAUAAAAAAAAUAAAAAAUAGAGGCAAGAAUCUAAUUUGUAUCUAGAAAAAGAAUAGAAAAGAAAUCUUAAAUAAUAAGAAUAAUAUGAAAAUAAAAAAUAAUACAAUUACAAUAAAUCUAAUUAUAAAAAAUAUCAAGAAGAACCCUAUGAUAUCAAACAAAAUUCUGAGGUUAAUGUGAUUAAAUAAUUUGAUAAUGUAAAAAUUGAAGAUCAAAAGUAAAACAACUAAAAUGUCAUAUAAUAAGUACAAAAUAAAUAAGAAACUGUAACAAAUCUAGAUGAUUCUAACUUAUGCUAAAUUUGUUUUGAAUUUCCUAAAUAAUAUGUGGCUACACCAUGUGGACAUUUUGUAUAUUGCCAAAAUUGUAAAGAUCUGGCAGUAAAAGAGUGUUUAAUUUGCAGAGAACCUGUAUAAUUGUUGAUCAAGGUUUUUUAAUGA